UUACCUAAAAUAAGCCAAUGCACUUUACAGAACAUGAAGCAACCCUCACAGGAAUUGGUUUGUUUUGACACUCAAAUAUCAGCGCUUUACAGGGAAAUUGAAAGAGUUAAACAAAUUAUAGAGCCAAUUUAAUAAGCUCUGCUCGGUUCUGUCCGCGCAUUUGAGCUUCAGUUGAGAGGCGACGUUGGAUUCGGAAUGUCAGUAACGUACAGAUCGGUCGCUUUUGCAUUAAUUUAUUAGUCGGCGCGGAGUUAAAUCAAAUCAAAACGCAUCUAUUGUUUAACUCCCUAGUACGCUUACUCAACCUCCGUGAAUCUACAUAUUUGUGUUCAGAGUUACCAAAGGCCAACGAACAUUACACUGCCAAUUAAAGUCGAGUGCGAAUAAAUAAGUUUCUAUAAUUGGCACAUUACUGUGGAUCUGCCCACCCACUAUUGUUCAAAAUCUUAUCGGUUCCGGAUCGCAGUCAAGUGUUCUGUUUACGCAGUCACUGUAAAUGUUGAAACCUAAUCCUCCGGUUAGCAUAAGCACUAAUUACUGGGAACCCCGAAGUAAAUAGAAAUUAAGCUUAAUUUACACAGACCCUUGCUUAGCUCCCCCGUGCCGGGUUCCCAUUUUCCUUUACAACUGGAGCCCCCUAAUAAGCAUAUACAUAGAUAAGAUCUACCUGGGCCAACGUUAUUUGGGGCCUGGGUCGCAGCUCAUUGAGUGUGGAGCUCUCGGCGCGAACGGUUGAUCUGAUCUGUUCUGAUCUCUCGGGGUGUCGUGUUUAUAUUACCGCUCUGAUUCAGAAACGCCGAUUAGCGUCAGUUGCAAUCACCGCAAAUCAGCCCGGGUAAUUCAAUCAGUGCGAUAUGGUGGGAAAAGUUGUACGCCUUGCACUGGCGAUGCUCCUGGUCGCCUUCUGGUCGGAGGAGGGCCAGGCACUGACCGAAUCCUACGAGGAUCCCAACAAGCUCAAGGUGUGGCUGACCAUCAGUGCCCGCAAGCGGUUCGUGGAGGUCUCGUGGAGCAAUGCACCGGCGAACCAGGGUGACCAGCUGCUGGUGACGAGGGAGGAUGCACUCAGCUUCCAAACCCAACUCCUGCCCAAACACACUCCGCUGGCGGCCUUUCGCAACGAGGAGGGCAGUGGCCAGGACGAUGGCUCCCCCAGCUACAUGCCCAUCAGUGGGUUCACCGCAAGGCCGGAGACCAAAUCGGACACCAGUGAGGUGGAGCAGAAGUACUGGGUGGCCAAUGGAGGAGCCACCGAGGUUGUGGCUGCCAUUGAGCCACGAAAGGGUCUGAAUACCCAGUGGUUCACCACAGGAUUACCAUUUGAUUAUGCCUUGUCCCAGAAUGUGACGGUACAAACUGGCUGCUACGGCUUUUGGGCCAGCUACAUCAAUGCGCAGGGCAAUAUCCUGGCCAAAACCUGCCUCAGAGCAUUCCCCCGUUGGAUGAACAAUCUGAAGUCCAAGAUAGGAGAGAUGCGCCUGCGAGAUCUCUUCAUUCCUGGCAGCCACGACUCCGGCUCAUAUCGGCCCAACUUCGAUCCGCUGGUUCGAGAGAGUCUGGUGACCAAGUAUGCUCUCACACAGGACGACGACAUCCGGGGACAGUUGAUGCAUGGAGUCCGCUACUUGGACAUACGCGUGGGCUACUACCGCAGCUCGCACGAUCGGUUCUUCAUCUAUCACGGGAUCACAAAGCAACGUCCCCUGCAGGAAGUUAUCAACCAGGUUCGGGACUUCAUCUACGAAACCAACGAGAUUGUCAUUUUUGGACUCAAGGAGUUCCCAGUGGGUUUUGGGAAGGGACUUGCUGUUCACCGCCUGCUGAUCAGCUAUUUGCGGGAUCAGUUCCAGGAUCUGAUAGCCCAUCCUUCGCUCACUUGGCGCGCAUCCCUGAGGGACAUUUGGGCCCGGCGGCAGAACGUCUUCCUCGCCUACGACCAUGAGGCCAUGGUGGAGGAGUUUCCAGAUAUCCUGUUCGGGUCCGUGGAGCAGCGCUGGGGAAACAAGCAGACGUGGGCCCAACUGGAGACCUAUUUGCGCAACAUAAAUGACUUCGAUGUGUCUCGGUUCUCCAGUCGGCCGGUGUCCGAUAUGGCGGAGCUGACCCCGGAGACCUGGGACGUCAUUUUGGACAAGACCGGUGGACUGCGCAAGAUGGCCGAUAACGUGAAUUGGCGGAUCUCUCAGCUAUACCGGAAUGAACUGGGCACGAAUGCGAAUAUAGUAUCGGCGGAUUUCAUAAGGGGCACUACCCUUGUGGAAACUGCUAUUGAAUAUAAUGCCCGUAAAAUUUAUAUGUAGAUGGGGAUCCUUUCAAAACCCCUCAAGAUCUUAGAAGAGUCCUUUUUUGCAGUCCUUUUGAAAUUUCAAAGUAACGAGAUUGCAUUAAUACAUUUAUUUGCUAAGCGGUUAAGUUAAACAUAUUAAUGUUAUAUGUUCCUUAUUGUACUGCUGUGUAGCUUCCCUAAACAUGUCACAUUUUGUAGUUUUUGUUCCCAUAUAAGCGCUUUCAAUGACUUCCUGAUUGUGUAAAAUAGGAAUUCGGAUUGCUGCACCUGACCAUAGAGUCGGAAGUAAACUGUAGUGGGAAGUAGGCCAAAAAGGCUGGGGUUUUGUAAAACCUGUUAACUAAGGGGCUUGCUCAAAUAAAUACGUACGUACGAUAAAACUAAA